CAUGUGCCUCUACUGUUGAAUAGGAGCAACUACUAGUCACGGAAACUGCAACAUUAAUAUCCCCUUGCGUUUUUACUCGGUAUCACUAUCUACCCAACGUUACUCUAUCGUUAGCUAGCCAUUGCUAGCAAGCUACAUCGGUGGUUAGCUUGUUAGCCUUUUACCUUGUCAUCAAGCUGCCUCUUCAGCCUCGCGCCUACGACUCAGGCGUUCAUUCACUGCACGAUGGCGGAGGGAGGCGGACCCGACUCGGGUAACGCGGCAGACGCCGAUGCAGAGCCGGUGCCGGCCCAGAUACCUGUACCUUCAACCGAAUGUCAAAAGCAGACCAUCGGGGCACUACUGAAAACCACACUCCGAAAGGGGGAUGAGUGGUAUUUGAUUGACAGUCGAUGGUUCAAGCAGUGGAAGAAAUAUGUUGGCUUUGACAGCUGGGAUAUGUACAACGUUGGCGAGCAGAGCCUCUAUCCUGGACCGAUAGACAAUUCAGGCCUUUUCUCAGAUUACGACACACAGACAUUAAAAGAGCACCUCAUAGAUGAGCUGGACUAUGUCCUGAUGCCCACAGAGGCAUGGACCAAGCUCGUCAGCUGGUAUGGCUGUCUUGAAGGCCAGAAGCCCAUUGUCAGAAAGGUAGUGGAGCAUGGCAUGUUUGUCAAGCACUGUAAAGUGGAAGUGUAUCUGCUGGAGCUGAACUUGUGUGAAAACGAUAAUAUGGACAAAGUGGUUACACGACAUUUCAGCAAAGCGGAUACAAUCGAUACAAUUGAAAAGGAAAUGAGGUCGCUUUUUGACAUCCCUACGGAAAAGGAGACACGAUUGUGGAACAAAUACAUGAGCAACACCUACGAGCAGUUGAACAAGCCGGACAGUACUGUGCAGGAUGCCGGCCUCUUCCAGGGUCAGGUGCUGGUGAUCGAGCGGAAGAACGAGGACGGCACGUGGCCCAGACAGAAUGCCCACAUCAAGUCUAGUACACCCACAUCUAGAAAUUUCACUACCUCCCCCAAGCUCUCCUCCAACUCGUCUGCAACCAUAUCUUCAACAGUCACCAAUGGAGACAGUUCCUCGGGCUACAUGCUGAAUAAUAGCACCUCCUCUGGAAACAGGUUGGGAGGGUACAACUCUUACAGUUCAUCGUACAGCUACAGAGAGUCAGCAUCCCAGCCUGGCCUUUGUGGCCUCAGUAACCUGGGCAACACGUGUUUCAUGAAUUCUGCCCUCCAGUGCCUGAGCAAUGCGUCCCCCCUCACGGACUACUUUCUGAAUGACGAGUACGAGGCGGAGAUCAACAGGGAAAAUCCCCUGGGGAUGAGGGGCGAGAUCGCCGAGGCCUACGCUGACCUGGUCAAGCAGAUGUGGCUCAGCCGCAGCAGCUACGUUGCCCCUCGUACUUUUAAAACCCAGGUGGGCCGCUUUGCCCCCCAGUUCUCAGGGUAUCAGCAGCAGGACUCCCAGGAGCUGCUGGCCUUCCUGCUGGACGGCCUUCACGAGGACCUGAACCGCGUGAAGAAGAAGCCUUAUCUGGCCCUGAAAGAUGACGAAGGCCGGCCCGACGAGAUUGUGGCGAAGGAGGCAUGGACGAACCAUCGGCUGAGGAACGACUCCAUCAUCGUAGAUAUCUUCCACGGCCUGUUCAAGUCCACUCUAGUCUGCCCUGAGUGCUCCAAGGUGUCCGUGACGUUUGACCCGUUCUGCUACCUCACGCUGCCCCUGCCCAUGAAGAAGGACCGCACCAUGGAAGUCUUAAUGGUCCGCUCCGAUCCUCAGAGUCGACCCACGCAGUACAGAGUGGUGGUCCCUAAGCAUGGCAUGGUGUCAGACCUGUGCAGUGCCCUGGCCAAGCUGUGUGGAGUCCCCGCAGAAAACAUGGUGGUGGCUGAUGUUUACAGUCAUCGGUUCCAUAAGAUCUACCGGCGAGAUGAUGGCCUCAACCAUAUCAUGGAAAAAGAUGACAUAUUUGUGUAUGAGGUGCAGGAGGAGGACGGUGAGAAGAUGAACCUGCCCGUGUACUUCCGCGAGCGCCACACCAAACAAGGUGGCGGCUACUCCUCCGGCACCAUGCUCUUUGGCCAGCCUCUGCUCAUCACUGUCCCCCGCCACAACCUCUCUGUAGACGCGCUCUACCAGAAGGUUCUGGAGCGAGUCGGGCGCUAUGUGAAGCGUUCCCAGGUCUCCGUCGUGGAGAACAGGACGCCAGCAUCAGCCACCGCCUCCAGCAGCAGCAGCAGCAGCAGCCAGGGGACGGACUGCGCAGCCACAUCCAAUCACAACGCUGGUGUGAGCGGAUAUACUAGUCCUUUAUCGGAGGGGGCGUCCUGGAGCGCAGGCUCCAGCAAUGGCGCAAGCAGCAGCCACUCGGACCCCUGUAAUGGCCGUAACGGCAUAUGCGAAGGUGAAGGUGAGGAGGCCAUGGACCACCAGGUCAGCCCCGAGCCAGAGAACAGCCAGUCGGAGGCGGUGGACGGAGAGGAGGACGGCGGCUCGGACCAGGAGAACGAGCCCAAUGGGAAUGCAGGGAAAGCAGGGAAAGCGGGUGCGGCGCGUGGCAGGCUCUUCUCCUUCAGCAUGGUGAACUCGUACGGCACGGCCAACAUCAGUCCUCUGCCCUGUGACGGAAACAUCCUCAAGCUCACAACACAUUCCACAGUGGCAAUCGACUGGAAUUCAGACACAAAGAAGAUGUGUUACGAUGACCAGGAAGCAGAGGCCUAUGAGAAGCAUGACAGUAUGGUGCAGCCCCAGAAGAAGAAGUCCACCGUAGCGCUGAGGGAGUGUAUUGAGCUCUUCACUACCAUGGAGACGCUGGGAGAGCAUGACCCCUGGUAUUGCCCCGCCUGUAAAAAGCAUCAGCAGGCCACCAAGAAGUUUGAUCUGUGGUCACUGCCUCGUCUCUUAGUGGUGCACCUCAAGCGCUUCUCAUACAACCGCUGCUGGAGAGACAAGCUGGACACAGUGGUGGACUUCCCCAUCAGGGACUUGAACAUGUCUGAGUAUGUGUGCGACCCCAAGGCUGGGCCCUAUGUGUAUGAUCUCAUCGCCGUCUCUAACCACUAUGGAGGCAUGGGCGGAGGCCACUACACGGCCUACGGGAAAAACAAGGUUGAUGGGAAGUGGUAUUACUUUGAUGACAGCAGCGUAUCAUCCGCCUCCGAAGAUCAGAUUGUGACAAAGGCAGCCUAUGUGCUUUUCUACCAACGCAGAGAGGAUGACAGCCCCUCCAAGUCAACGGCAUCUGCUUCCCUGGGGGGUGCUCCUGAGACCCUGGAGGAUACCAUGGACACCAACUAAGAAGUGCUGAGGUUCAGGGACACGUACUGAAGCAAAUGCCUGAUAAACAUUACAGCGAAACAAACGAAAAUCAAGACGUGAACGAUCAACGCACACCCAGAGGCCACUUCAGACGUUUUUUCUUUUAAGACUUAAUUAUAUAGGCCCAUGUAAUUUUGCUCUUAUUUUUAACUCUCACUUUCAUCACCACCAAGAACCUGCGAGAGCCAAAAAAAAAAAAGAGCACCACAUAGUUUGAUGCGUGACCUCAAAGACUUCCUCUCCAGAGCUUGCAGCCUGCUUUCAGGAGAGUAUAGUUUAAUAAAUUGAAGAAGAAGAAAAUAAAAAAAAGGGUGAUUGAAAUGGCAAUACAACCUUUGUCUGGACGAAAAACAAAUGUUUAGAGGUUGCCUAAAAUGCAUAGAUAAACAGAAUCAAUUCUGUCACCCAUUUAGGAAAAAAAAUAUAUAAAAGACAGAGAAAAAAAAGAAAACGAUAAUAAAGAAGGCAAAUGCAUGAUGAUGUCUCAACCAAAGCAUUGCAAGUUGUACAUGUGGAAGAGAAGUAAAGUGAUGACUAAGCACGGAGGACUGGUAGGAGUGGAGAUCAUGUGUGGGAGUCUCAGUUCUCAGUUUGUAAGCAGAGAUGACAUUUAUGCAAAAGUGAUCAAUAUUCUAAGUGAGAUGUGCACCUGAUUAACCCCCCCUUAUCUCCACCAGAUUGCACUCUUAAUUCAUAGUGCCUCUUCUGGAAGACUGGAUUCUCCUGGGGAUUGUACACAUACAGUGUGUGCCAGGCACCUCCCCCGUGAACUGUGCCCCACAGAAAUUAGAUUGCUGGUAGUUUCUUUUUUUCUGCACUCCGAGGCUUGGAAGUUUUCAUCUUCACAUUUAGCCAUGCUUAGAAACAUGCUCUUUAUCUGCCUAGCCCUGACCCCUGACCCCUGACCCUGUCCGAGGUCAAUCACAGUAUGCUGUUUGGGUUCCUGCUGUCCUGUCACGCUACCCUGCAGGUGGUUUAGUGUACCGCUGAACAACGGAAAUGUGCUGCUCUGUCUCCGAAACGUAACGCACCAGCGGCCUUCGAAGCCCCAUGAACCUGUUAAAGAGGGUGGGGCGUGUGUGAGUGCUCUUAGCUUUUAUUUUAAGAUGGGAAGAAUUCUGCUUUUGUCUUAUGUGGAAUUUAUGAAUGAGUGAAUUUUUGGGUUUUGGAUUCAGUUUACUAUUACUUUUGUUGACCUCCAAAAAGUUCUCCUUUACACAUAAAAAAAAAAUCACCUGUCUCUCCAGAAUGGGACUUGGCACCCAGUGAUUUAAAUAAAAUUGUUACAACAUUUAGAUUGCA